AUGACCAGUGUCGCAGCCUUGGCUGGGAUACCCGCAUCCACUGGAAUUAAGGUAGUACAGCGCGCGCGACGCCACGUACAUGUGCUGUGAGGUGAAUAGGCUGCGAAAACGGCAACGCGAUUUUAAACACUUCCGCCUGUACUUUCGUGGGCGAUUGUUAUCGGUUUUUAAGGGCUUAAGUCUUUUAUUUAGGGAAAUAAAAGUAGAAGGAUUGUUAGUCAUUACAGGAAAAGGAACAAUUUGUGCUAAGGCAGGCUGAAGUUAGAGUACGAUUUUCGAUCGACUUGUGGUUUACUGAAAUCGCUUUCGGUUGACUUUGGAAUAGCUUAGUAACUUUUCUCUUUAUUUCGGUUUCUUGGAAAAUAUCCAAAUAUGUAGAUAUAUUUUAAAAGAAACAAACUGAUCAAAGCUUCUACUUGUAGAAUUUAGGCGAUCGGCUGGUGGCAAAGUUCCAAAUUUGCAUUGGUUGCGCAGUUGCGGUAAUUUAAAAUUUUCCGGAACCUUGUUUAUUUCUCACCUCUAGUUUUAGAAAAGUCUCUUUUAUUUACCAUCUUUUUCGAAUCCUGUAUUUAUCUCGUAUCUUUCUGUUUUUAAGAAUGUAUUCAUCCAGUGAGCUUGCGUUUAAUUUUUGAGAAACAAGGCUUAAGUUUCUUGGAAGUAGAACUUAUAUUCUAAUUCGUGUUUGCUAAUUUAUUACUGUUUACGUCUGCGUUAGGCUAAGUUAACCAAAACUUUCUGACAUUUUUUUCCAAAAUGUCGCAUGAAAAUCCUGCAUGAUCCUCGGAGAUCGUGUUAACGCACGGCUCAGCUUAUAUCUGAGCAGUUUCCUUGGUUGACAAACCCAUAGGAAAGAAACAAAGCUAACUGAAAAGCAUUCUUUAGCUCUGGUAGUGUUUCUAUGGCGCUCUCUCAUCUUUAUAAAUGUUUAAUUACAUCCUUUAAGGUGUUUUUGUUUUGCUCAACAGCGGCGAUAUCACAAAUGACUUUGUUUGAAAAAAAAAUAGAGAAUAUGACUAUUUCUCUCGUAUCAAGUUUGUUUCCUUAGGUGAAGCACUUACCACGAACGACGUUUUCCCUAUGCACAACUGGCUUUUAUGCCUUCAAAAAAAUUAUUGAGCGUUCGAGUAUAUUUUAAGUUUUGGAACUAUGCCCAAGGGAUUUAUUUUCUCACACCAAGAAAAGAGUAGUUGGUGAACAAAAACAUUGCAUUUAAUACAUAAUAUAUACAUUUUUAUGUAACUUUGAGAAAAACACCAAUGCUAGUCCAUUUUGCAAUGGCUUGCUUAACUAAGCACAUAAACUAUAAAUACAUUAAUUACACAUUUCAGAAGUUGGCUAAACUUGUUUCAAUUUGUUUGUGUUUUGUUUCAUAGCCACUGCUUUUUUAUUCAGCUGAAUUAAACUCAGCAUCUGAAACCAAGUCAUGUUACAUUUAAACCCAAGCUUAGCACUUCAUUACACCGAGUUUUUCUGCUGCUGCAAAAAUAACCAUAACUCUUGAAUCAACAUCAUAUUAAUAUUAGAGCUAGAUGAGCUCCAUGAAGGUUCAUUAUCAUGAAUGAUAUUGCGACAUGACAAAUAUUAGAAUAAUUUGACAUUAUUGGAGUUGCUGAGAGCAUCUGAAACAACAAGACAAAAUCUGCUUUGUUGCAAAACAUCAGUGAGUUAUUGCAGAUUUGUGGCAAGAUGUCAACCCUGUUUUACUGUAAUGACUUCUAACAAAUCCUUGACUUGGAUCAAACAUCAUGAUCCAAGUCAAAUUUUGAAGAUUUGUAUGGAAACAUCAGAGUGUGCUAAUGAGUCAUUCAUGCAAAUACUUCAAAAAUGCUGAUUCUUGGCAAGGAAGCACUUUUUGUUUUGCUCUUUCUGAAUACCUCAGUAGAUCCCAUAAUUUCUCAAAAUGAGCUUCUGCGAUGUGAUCACUUUUAAAAUCCACACCAAGCUCAUAAGCUUUGAAGUGAGCUGAGACAGAGUAAGUGUAGUACACUGUGAUACUUUCAGUGGAUGUACAGUAGCUGCCCAUUGCCUAAAGUGUAGUGACAGUUACCCUGUGAGCAGAGACUACGUUUUUGCGGUCUGAGCUGUUGUGUGGAACUGGCAUGUGGUAAGUACUUUUGCACGCCAGCUCAUACUGCGAAAAUGUAGCCUUUGCUUGCAGGGUAAGUGACAAUAUUCCUGUUAGUUUACGAUAAUAAUUUAUGGGGCAUCUGCCCACUCUCCUACUCAACUCUGAUUUUUAAUUUUGACUGUUGCAGCGCACUGCUGAGGAUUUACUUAAUAUGACAGGUAAGUAAUCUUUUUUUUUUUUUUUAACAAUAAAUAUUGUGGUCUUUUCUUCACAGACUUACAUGUAGGGUCCUCUUGAAUUAAUCUGAAGACAACAUCGUACUCAGUAUAAGGUCCAUCUAGUUAGCUUUCUCGGACAGAGAGAGCCAUUCUAGGGUUCAUCUGUCAUCCUGUGUACAAAGCAGAUGUCUGCCUCACAAGUCAAGUCUGACUUUUACAAGGUGUGCAAGUGUAAGCAGGGUUGUUGCUCCAGGACAGUGGCUCAGGAUUUCCCGCAGCUACUAUGAGGAUGUUCCCUGGCUACUGACAUAGAAAACUAAAGGAAGUUAGAGCCAAAAGAACCUUCUAGCUGUUCAUACCUGUCUACUGAUUACCUUUUUCUGGUAACUUAAAAUCUUACUGACAUAAAACCUCUCAUGCAAAAAAAAUUGGCUUGCCAUAUAAACUGCAACAGCCAUUCUUUAUCUUUUCAGACAGGCAGGCUCUUCUGUUUCAAAAGAAUGUUUUUAAAAACAGCUUGAGCAAUCUUUCCAAACAUCUUAAGGGAGUUGAACAUCUUGAGUGUUCAUUUACAAAAGUUGUUUGAAUGGCUUGAUCAACCCCUUAAGGAAAUCUCCAGUUGUUUUGUCGUAUGCAUACAAGUUUUAGAUAUGCAGGGCUGUCACUUAGAUUACAAGUUAACAGAUAUAUUCAAUUAGUAGGCAGGGAAGGAACAGCAAGGCGUUUUUAUUGGUUCUACACAUGUUUUUUUUUUAUGUUUCCCUAUGAAAGCGUUGGAGUCAUAAUCAUAGAUGUGUGGUACUGUAGUUGGGGGAAAUCCUUGACCCUUUAUACCCUUAGUGGCAUCCCUGAGCUGUUUGAUUGACAAAAAUUUGGUUGAUAACUUUUGGCACAUACUUGUUGUAAAAACCAUGAUUGAUGGGAAACAAGAAAAUCAAAGGAGUCAAAAUAACAGAGCCUAGGAAAUAAUGGUGACAUUCUGAGGUCUUAACGUUAAAGAUGACAAUAACUUUGGGUCCUGAACUUAAGCUUUACAAAUAAGUGUCUCGUUUUUAUUGAAGGGGGAAGGGAUUAUUUGAGGAAGCACUCACUCAGCUUAUCAGUAUUUCAGAUGUUAAGUGUAAUGUAUACUGCUAUAGCAAGAAACAGUGUGAAAGAUCUCUUUAGAAACCAUGAAGGCUUAAGAAUGCCUUUAGACUUGUUCAUUCAAGUUACAGCUUGCCAAAAGAACAAGGUGGAUUUUAUAGACCUAAUUCUUUAAUUGAGUUGUAAAUUAAUUAGCCUCAGGAUGACGCUGUGCAUGUUUGUAUCGACAAGUUAAUUUUAAUACAACUGUGGUGUUUUAAGUCUCCAGGGCGCAACUCUUUAACCCUUUGUAUGCGCUUAUUUUAAGUAGGUCCCAGCCUAGGGAAUCCCCAUACAAUCUUAGAAGGAAUACCAACAUUGUAACCAAACAAACCAACACCGACCGUUUUGCACAGUUUGUAACGUGCAAAUAUGCCACCUAUUUAGAUUCCUAAGUGCCUUACAUACUUAUUUUGUAUUAUUUAUUACCUUAGAUUCCCGUUAUUUCUGACCCUACCUGUAAUUCAGUUCUCACUGCAAAAGGUAGCAAUAAACCAAUUUAUUUAUAACUCAGUGGUCUUUAAAAAACAAAUCAAAACAAAUCGUUGAUGAUGUAACAAUAUUGGUCGACGGAGUGGUUUUAAAGGGCUACCAUAUAUUUUAUAAUAAUGUAGUUAGUGUUAAACAUGUCCUGUUAUUUAAUCCGACUUUUUUCUUUCAGGACUAAUGGGUGAUCAAAAAAAGGUAGAUCCAAAUUUUAUUUUAUGUUAUGCAUAAAAAUGCUGAUAUUGUUGUUGUGUUUCAUGUGAUAAGUACAUGUUUAAGAAGACUGCAAAAAGGCAUUUAUUUUCAGUAACUUUACUUUUUAGGCAAGAUUUGACCAAACUCCUUCUAAAGUGAUUCAUGUGAGAAAUGUACCUAUAGACGCUGUAGAUACAGAGGUAUGUGUUGAAAGACAAGAGUGUUGUUUUCUGCAUCACUAUAAAUUAAUAGCUGUAGCCUUUUUCUGUAGAGCUGAAAGAUGUCUAGAAGGAAGGCCUGUGAUUCAUGAGCUGUCUAUUGCAGAAUACAAGUACAUAUGCCAAAUGUGUACUUUUGUACAAGUGUUGUAUGUAAUGGUAAAAUUCUGAUAAGCGAUAUGGCCUUGAAAUAGCGAUAUAUGACAAAUGAAAUGGUGACAAUAAAUGACACAAAGAAGGGUUGAAACUGGGACAGGGAAAAGACAAGUGCAAAAUCAAAAGCCUUGGUUAACGGAGAUUAGCCCUUAUUCAGACAAGGCUGAACAAAAGAUUUAGAACUUGCAUACAAAAUUAAUAGCACAGAUCUGCCACUAUGCAGGGACUGGAUUUCUUAUGGGCAGAGCUGUUUCUAUAGCAAAAGAACUUUUUUCUGUACUGCGCAUGAGCAGACCUUGGGUCAUACAGUCUGUACAUGUACCAAACCUCGGAAAAAAAAUUGAUGGCACAUUGUGCGGUAAAUGUUGAUCAACUCUGUUUUGCCAUUACAGUUAGUCGCCUUGGCUCUACCCUUUGGCCAGGUUAAAAAUGUUCUCUUGUUGAAGUCCAAGAAGCUCAAUGAAGCAACCCAAGUAAGUGUAACUUAAAACUUCAAAACUUAAUUAUAAGCUACAAAGAGUAAUUAUUGGUUUAUGCAAAAGGCAUUGUCUUGAAGGAUGAUUCUCCAGUGUACUUUAGCAUCCAGCCUGUAUGACAUUUAUCCAUGUUUAAGUUUCCUAGAUGAUUUUUUUUUCUCACUUACCAUUUUUGCAAACUCAGUGUGCAAAGAAAAACGUGUCCAAUAUCCUGGCCAUGGGGCCAGUGGAUUUUGCUAUUAGGUUAGUGGAUUCUGUUCAUAGCUUGCCCCACAGGCAAGUGAAGUUAUUUGGGAAAUUCAUAUUACAGAAGAGCUAAUCAAUCCAGCUCAUCCAAAAAUAUUAUUGUUUGCGCAAGUACAGCCACCUGUUCUUGUCUAUACUAUAACCCCUGUACCUUGGCAGCAGCUCAUUAUAAAUUAUUACGAACACCUUCUUAGUAUAGGUGUUGUAUAACCACAAUUUCAUGACCCAGUAAUGAUCACAUUGAUGGUACUCCUGGCUGUAGAUGUUGAAAGGUGGUUGGUUAGUUGGAGGCCAGUAUGGAAAUUUGGUUUCUUUUUGUCUUCCUGUCUUGCAGGGUUUCAUUGAAAUGGAGGAUAUACAAGCUUCAAUGGCUGUUCUUAAAUAUUAUACUCAAGUUGCUCCCUGCAUAAGGUAAACUAGAGGCUAUAGAUGCCUAAACUAAACCGGGUGCCUUGUAGCAAAUCUUAGAUGAUGCAUGUAUUUGAAAAUUGUUGUUAAAGUUACAUGUAUGUUGAAAUCUAGAAGCUCUGAAAUGCAGUUUUCAAGCAAUCUGGACAUCAAUGGAGUGUGAUUUUUGACACUAUUACUUGCAACACAUUUAUGUACUGUAUAGGGGGUUACUGACAAAACCCAUGGUAUAAUAGUACAUGAUGAAUUUAAGUAGAAAUAAUAAAUGUUAUUGUGAUGUUGUAUUUUCUUUGUAUUAUGUUUUAGGGGGCAAGUAGUCUAUUUACAGUUUUCCAAUCACACAGAGUUAAAGACAGAACCCUCACAACAUUCUGCAGGGGUAAGAUCUUACACCUCUUCACUGUUCAUUGUUGAUUUGCUAUUUGUUGCUUGUAUGUUUCUCAAUUCAUACAGCCAAUUAUCUCUAAGAGGGACACCAUUGGGGCCAGCCCAGACACUCCAUCUUAAAGAGGUGUCCAGCUUAUAACGAGUUGAGGAAAUGUGACACUAGUAAUUAUAAUAAAAUAAAACUGAAUCCAAUUGCAAUAAAGGAGGAUGUCCGUUUUACUUGUGCAAAACAGUAAACCUUGAAUAUGAAACAGGAAAGUGGAAUCAUUUUGAAUUCUCAUUGUGCAAUCAAAUGUUCAUUACAAGCAAACAUUUAUGGCUUCGUGGUCUAAAACUGUAACGGUACUUGUAUACACUCUGCGAACUGGAACAAGACCACCAAAUGAUAAAAAAAUUGCAACUACAGUUGUAAUUGUCAUUUAGAACACCUACAUUUUUGUUUUGAGGUAUUUUUUACUGCGUAAAGCACUUCUCAAAUGUCGAGGGUUUCAAAAGUGUCUCUUGGCCAUCUUAUAGAGAUUGUACUGUUCUUUUUAAACCUUGAAGUUUUUUAUUUUUUAUUUUAGGCAUCUAAGAUCAUUGCUGCAGCUCAAGGAGACUUCAGCUCAUCUCCAUAUUCAGCGGAUGGACAGCAGGCUGCCGCUGCAGUUGCUGCUGCCGUCGCCAAAGGUGGGGCAAGGAGUAAUGUCAUCAGAGCAGUGAUUGACAAGCUAUGGUACCCUAUUACAGUUGAAGUCCUUUACAAGGUAUGUCUGAAAUUCUGAUUGCAGCAAGAGCUGUGACUGUUCGUUUUGCAUUGUGAUGGCCCACCAUGUAAAAUUAACUCGCAGCUGUAUUCAGAAGAAUUACAGUGUACAAUGUACUCUUAAUGUGAUGCUAUCAUACUAUGACAAACUGCACUAAGGUUUAAGAGGGUUGGAAGGUAUGUAAUGGCAAACACAUAACACAACUCCCUGCCUGAAGGGUGGUAUUAGUUAUAUCCAGACCUCAGUGGUUAAGAAAGGAAGAAAUUUCUUUUCUUGUGUGUUUAGAGUUUUUCCCCAUUAUGUGAGACAAGUUGUUGCUCUGGCUGGAAGGUUAUCAUAGAGAACAUUAUGUCAAUGUGAUUUUGCUUUUUUCUCUUCCUUGGCAGAUUUUCUCCAGUCUUGGGACAGUCCUCAGAAUCGUCACCUUCACCAAAAAUAGUAAGUGUUCUGGAAAAGUUCUGUGCACUAAAUUUUGUUUCUAUUGGGUUGAAACUACGCUGACACCCUAUAGUCACACCACAUGAUUUUCUGUUACAAACUCUACAGUUUAGACUGGUAGUGAAGGAACUAACGAAAGGUUUGUGUUGACUUUCAGGUCAGUUCCAAGCCCUUAUAGAAUUCAACAGUGUAACUGAAGCAGAGAUUGCAAAAUUGGUACAAAGAAUGUUGUUAUUAUGGCUUCCUUGUUUGACUCAUUUUGAAGAUAAAUGUAUUACUGUAUAAGUACUACACUCUAACAGCAUUUCUUUUCACUUUCCUCAGACACUAGNUGUUGACUUUCAGGUCAGUUCCAAGCCCUUAUAGAAUUCAACAGUGUAACUGAAGCAGAGAUUGCAAAAUUGGUACAAAGAAUGUUGUUAUUAUGGCUUCCUUGUUUGACUCAUUUUGAAGAUAAAUGUAUUACUGUAUAAGUACUACACUCUAACAGCAUUUCUUUUCACUUUCCUCAGACACUAGAUGGACAAAACAUUUACAAUAGUUGCUGUACCCUGCAUCUUGAAUACUCCAAGUUAACCACAUUAACUGUGAAAUUCAACAAUGAUAAGAGCAAGUGAGUGUACAUUUGUUUGUCUCUAAUCCUAAUCCAUUUGUCCCUGGAGAUUUUGCCAAAAACCCUUGUAAUGUCAUUGAAGCCAUUUUCUGGUCACUGUCUGGCCAUUAAGAAAUCAAACAAUAAAAUGUAGCUCACAAGUAAAUUUUGUUUUGCUGUAAAAAAAAAAAUUGGGGACUUCAACGGGAUUCGAACCCAUGGCCUUUGCGCUAACUCAGUUACAAUCCAUUUAAUCGUCUUCAGUUUUGCCUAUUUGUGAUACCAUCUUUCUUUUACAGAGAUUACACACGACCUGAUCUACCAUCUGGUCCAAAUGAAAGUCCUUUUGCUGGAGCCGACAUUGCUGGAUUAGCAGCCCUUGGUAAGCAGAUGCUUUUUUUUUAGUUUUUGCAAAAAUGUACAUGCCAGUGCAUACAUCGUAUUUUUAAGAUUACAUUAUUAAACUUUUAUUGUCAUUAGUUUCUGUUCUUCAGCUAUUGUAGCUACAUGUGUUGUGUGCACAAUGUUUAUCGUGAUGGUGAAUAUUAGGCAUGGUAAAUAUACAGUAUCACGCAAAAUUAAGUGACCAGUAUUGCUUUGUUUCUCGUGAAACUACAAUCUCGUUGCAAGUGAAUAAACAAAGAAACAAAUGUUUUGGAAUUAAGUUCAAGUAAAAAUCUGUAUAAGAACCUGGGACAGCAUUUCAGAUCAUAGGUGAAAUAAUGCUCUUGCCUUGCUGUUGUGCUCGACUGCAAAACAGCCCAGAUUUUUUCCUACAUGUACAGUAGGUUUUGCAUGCAUGGGCUGUCAAAGGAAAGGUCAGGAGUGAGGGUGAAAACAGACAGUGAAACUCGGGAGAGACCCAAAAAAUUAGAAUUGUCUGGUUUUCUCUAGUCAAACAUUUGCUAUGAAUUUCCAGGACGGCACUUUGCGCCUUGCAAAACUGAUUUUGAGAAAGACAAAAAAACAGCUGUUUUGCAGUCUACUGUUUUGGCCAAACUUGAAAUAGCUGGAACUGUUAUUUUUUCUAUCGGCAAACAAGUUAUUAAACCACUUUGAACUUCUUCCAUCUUUUGUUUGUCAGCUGGUGGUGGUGCAGCUGGAGCAAGUCUGAUGGGAGCCCCAGCUCUGUUGGGUCUUCUUCCUCAAGGAGGAUUAAUUCAAGCAAGUAAGGUAGUAGGGAGUCAUCAUUGUAAAAAAGGGGUUGACUGAAAUAUUCCCCACAAGAAAAUUCCUAUUUGAUCAGUGAUGUACAUGUGGUGGACAGUAAUAGAACCAACAUGGAGAUAUUCUACCAGAAUUGAGAUCAGUAUGCGCACCAUGCAAGGAGAGCCUUUCUUUUCCUUGCUCCAUUUUGAUUUACUCAAGAAAGACUCUGCAUGGAUCCAGUAAGACCUUUUCUAAGCAUGUGCUUAAUGUUACCAGGAUACAGUUCCAAACCAGGGCCUAAUAGCUGUUGCUUGUUUCAGCGAGCUUAGUUAUGAACAUCAGUUUAUCAAUGAACUGAUGCUCACACUCAAAAAACCAGCUUAAUAAAGGAAAAACAAGAACGACUAGUCAAGAAGUUCAUGCUGCUUGUAGUUGUAGCAGUCUGACAGAAAGAUGGGGCCUUUCUGUAGAUACUGUCAUCACAAAAGAAUCAGAGGAACCAAACAGUAGAGUUCUCCUGGGGGAUUUAUCAUUUGGUUGUAUUGUUUCUUUUGUUGUAUGCAAUUUGUACCUUGGUAUAUACAUGUACCUACAGUGUACAGAAGGAACCAAAAGAUGGCUACAUUUUAUCGUGGAUGUCUUGUGCACUGUAGAGGCCCUGUUAGGAUAAAAUUCAGACAGGCUACUGUACAUGUAUAAUAUGGCCUAGAAACCAUACUAAAACAGUGCCAUCAGAUAGCUGACAAGUCGACAAACGACAUAAGGAUGGGUUAAAUACCGACAGGGACAUGGUCUACUCCUCAAAAUGCAGAAUGACCCUAUUUCCCUAAGAGAGCCUCAGUAUAAGCUUUUGCUCAGCCAAAAUGUGUCUUUGCAGAUUUACUUGCAGCAGCUGCUGGUAGUCGCAGUGGAGGCAGCCCUGUUGUGCUCGUCAGUAAUUUAAAUGAAGAGGUGAGAGUGGUUGGAAUUUUUAAAGUGCAGUGUUGAGCCCAGUUGCACUGUUAAAUAUAAUAUACAUGUCUUUACUUUAUAUUGUAUGACAAAAUGGGGUUGAAGAAAGUUUGGCUUUUUUUUGUCCAAACCAUGAAAUGUUUUUGAGUGACUGUUGGAAUCAUAAUCCUUUACUUCACAAUAAUUUUGCAAAGUUGCAGCAAGAACCUUUUGUUGCAGGUGCUGUAAAAUUUGCAUUUAAUGUGNCAGAUUUACUUGCAGCAGCUGCUGGUAGUCGCAGUGGAGGCAGCCCUGUUGUGCUCGUCAGUAAUUUAAAUGAAGAGGUGAGAGUGGUUGGAAUUUUUAAAGUGCAGUGUUGAGCCCAGUUGCACUGUUAAAUAUAAUAUACAUGUCUUUACUUUAUAUUGUAUGACAAAAUGGGGUUGAAGAAAGUUUGGCUUUUUAUUGUUCAAACCAUGAAAUGUUUUUGAGUGACUUUUGGAAUCGUAAUCCUUUACUUCACGAUAAUUUUCUAAAGUUGCAGCAAAAACCUUUUUUUGCAGAUGCUGCAAAAUUUGCAUGUAAUGUGUUGGUAGGUUACCGGUACCUUAAGCAAAACUUAAAUAUUCCUUUUUUCUAUUUUUGUUCUUCUGGAAUUUCACCAAAAUAAUAACAUGUUGCAAUUUGACCAAUAAUAAAUAAAUUCGAAUAUUUGAAAUUUCAACCACCUCAUUCAACAAAUUUUUACGGUUUUUUUUUAGCAAAUUUUCAAUUAAAACAUCAUCCUUGGCAGGCAAACUAACUGCUUCAUUCAUUGUUCCUGCCAAAAUUUCAAAUUACAUGUAGCUUUUUUUAUCACUAUUUUUGGAUGUAGUUAAAAUGAGUAUUUUGCCUGUAUGAUGUGCAUCUAAUUCACUCUAAUUCUCAUACAGUACUUCCAACAAAAAAAUUCAUCUAAAGCAUACAGUUCAUGUCACCUUCUUUUCUAACAUCCAGGCAGCAAGUUUCAUGAGAGAAGUUUCAGCUAGCAUAAUCUUAAAUCGUUCUCUUGGUCAUCCAGGUGUACCUUUUGCAAGAACUUCUACAUUUCUGUAUUUUUUGUGUCUUAAAGCUUCAAAGUAACUGACAUUAUUUUGUUUAAUUUUCUGUUUUUAUUUUGUCUAAAUCUCCUUCUUUUUUCCUUGUAGCCUUAAAAAAAUUUUCACUCCCAGGUGCAAACAACUGAACACUUAAGUUAAAGGGGACUUAAUAUCUUUUUCAUCAAUCAAAACACAAAGCAUAAUGAUCAAGUUUGGAUAGCUACAGUCACCAAUGCAGCACUUCCUGGGGUCGUCAUUGAUGCUUGCUAGGUGCAUGUAUUGAUGACCCAAAGAAUAGCUGCUUAGGAGACCAGGGUCGCUUACCAGAAGUCAGAACUGGUGGGCUGGACCAGUCAAUUUGAAAAUAAAAUAGGCUUUUCCUGAGAGUUUGGCUAAAAAGCUGUCUGUGCUGUGCAUAGAUUAUAAGAAUGGACAGUCCUGGAUAACAGCUAAAUUCUCUCUUUAGCAGAACUGGUUUUUGCCAGCCAGUUCUUACUAAUGGAAGUGCCUGGGAAAGCUUUAUGUACUGUGCACUACAUUCCUGUGGUACCUUCUGUUUUGCUAUUAAACAAGUGGCUCACACCUUUGAGAUUGUGAUUAAAGUUCUUUGGUGUGAUCAUGUGAUCAUACUACAGGUGUUUAGAAGUGUUAAGACCAUUUUGGUGCUUUUUUUUCCUAACUGUUGUCUGUUGGAGAAAUGCUAAAUAGUUGUCUUCUAAAUUCAAUGAGAACUUUCUUUUAAGCAUUACUCUCUGUUUGAUACUGUUUUCAGUAUUUUGAAAUUGGAAUUGUUUUGAACCUGGGAGUGAACGUGUUUAUUUGUAUCCUGCAAUUUCUUUAAAACAACCUUACUCAUCUUAUGUUUGUUUCCUUCUUUCCCUCAUUAUGCUGUUAUCGACGCUGACUGAUGCCUACCCCCUUGAACUGUUCUCUCUUUUGCUGUCCACUUCAAUCUGCUCACGUCACUUGGAAUCCAUAUUCUAGAGGAUAAACUGUGACAUGCUUUUCACUUUGUUCGGUAUGUCUUUUUCCCCCAAGCCUCUGUCAUCACCCUUCUUGUUCAUUUUGUUUUUCCAUACUCAAGAAAGCCUGAUUGUGGAUGGGUAACCUUCAUUUGUUUCAGUGUUAUCAUGUUAUUAUUUUUUGUUUUUGAUAUUGUUUUUUAAUUUUGUUGGCAUUUCAUUGAAGAGCUAAUGCUUCUAACUUUCUCCUGAAUUAUUAAAUGCUGUCAAAGUCUGCUCCAUUAUGCCCAUUACCUUUUGAAAUGAAGAGAAACCUGGUGCCUUAGUUCUCCACAGAACUAAGAAGUUAUCCGUUGGUGUACAAAUAAUAUUUUAAUAAUUAUUUAAGGCAACCCUCUAAGUCCUAAUAUAUAUCGGCAGACAUAUUCUCCUCUCUGUUUUGGGCUGUGUUGUAGCAGUACUGGUGGACUCUGGCAACUUAACUGUGAUUAGGGCCCUCGGAAAAUCUUUAUUUUUUCACAAAACAGAUGACUGGUUUCUGACGAUUUCUUAUAGCACAUCUUUUCUGUACUCCAGUUUCUUCUAUAGCUGUAAUGGGGAGAAUUUGCUUAAGAAUCAAGACUAAAAUAUGCAGUAUUGCAGGCAAGGAGGAAUUAGAUGCUGGUCUCUAUUAGGGCUUACAGGGUUUAAGAAAAGCCUUAAUCUUACAGUAAUCCAUUUAAGAAAAUAAACAAUGUAACAAUUCAUGGUCAAAGAAUUCACAAACCAUAGGAAAUUCAUGCUCACUUUAACCAGUCAUUUGGAUGUCCUGCUAAUCCCAGAAUUCAUUUCCUUUUUCUUUCCUGUCUCAAAUUUUUUGUAAUCCCUAUGGUGUGUCUCAUUUGCUACAAAGUUGUAGCAGAGUAAUGUCUGGAUUAUCCAAGUGGUUAAAUUAUCACCUUUGCAUCUUGAAGUGUACAUUGCUGUUUUUGAAAGUUGAGCGACUUCAUAUCACACUCUUUACAUUGUGGUAUAACAGGUUCAAUAAUGAAAUGCUUAAUGUGUGUUCCACUCAUAAAACAUAAACAAUCUGACUGUACACCAAUCCUCCAUCUGUAGGUGUGUAUGGCGACGUAGUUCGUGUAAAGAUUCUCUUCAACAAGAAGGAUACGGCACUCAUCCAGUUCAAUGAUGGUCAACAGGCCCAAACAGGUACUUCUUACAAUCAUCAUGCUUGUUCUUUUAGAGUUGCACAAAAUUUAUCAGACAAAUGAUUCAGAUAUUCUUUUGGAUCUGGAUGCACAAUGCAAUUCUGUGAAAUAUUUGUGUUGUGAUAUUUUGAUGGUGUUUGUACAUUUUGAGCCAACUUCUUGAAAAUGGUAGUCAUUUUGAAAUUAUGAUGCACGUAACAAACAAAGGCGGUCUCUGAAGACAGUGUUGUUUUAUACUUGCAUAAUAUUAAUAAAUAAUUGUCCAAUGCUCUUCCGUGGCCUGUCUUUCUUGUACUUAAUUUUCAUUAGCUUCAAUUCUAAACAGAGGUGAGAAAAUCAGCUACAUAGUACAUUAUUGCGAGCCAAAAAGCAAACGGAAAAGAAAAAUUUGUGCCAAAUAUUUACAUGGGGUUAAGCCAGUGUUUAUCAAAACUGCAUUAAUUGAAGAACCUUAAAUAUUGCUUGACCUUUCACNUUCAAUAAUGAAAUGCUUAAUGUGUGUUCCACUCAUAAAACAUAAACAAUCUGACUGUACACCAAUCCUCCAUCUGUAGGUGUGUAUGGCGACGUAGUUCGUGUAAAGAUUCUCUUCAACAAGAAGGAUACGGCACUCAUCCAGUUCAAUGAUGGUCAACAGGCCCAAACAGGUACUUCUUACAAUCAUCAUGCUUGUUCUUUUAGAGUUGCACAAAAUUUAUCAGACAAAUGAUUCAGAUAUUCUUUUGGAUCUGGAUGCACAAUGCAAUUCUGUGAAAUAUUUGUGUUGUGAUAUUUUGAUGGUGUUUGUACAUUUUGAGCCAACUUCUUGAAAAUGGUAGUCAUUUUGAAAUUAUGAUGCACGUAACAAACAAAGGCGGUCUCUGAAGACAGUGUUGUUUUAUACUUGCAUAAUAUUAAUAAAUAAUUGUCCAAUGCUCUUCCGUGGCCUGUCUUUCUUGUACUUAAUUUUCAUUAGCUUCAAUUCUAAACAGAGGUGAGAAAAUCAGCUACAUAGUACAUUAUUGCGAGCCAAAAAGCAAACGGAAAAGAAAAAUUUGUGCCAAAUAUUUACAUGGGGUUAAGCCAGUGUUUAUCAAAACUGCAUUAAUUGAAGAACCUUAAAUAUUGCUUGACCUUUCACAUCAUUGAUUUCUUCCACACUUGUAUAAGCCAUUAAUUUUCAGUCUGCCCAACCCUAUUGUCUGUUCACUGUAAUUGGUUAACAGUUUCAUGAAAGCAUUUACAUGUAGCAUAGACUAGAAAGGCAUUUAUCUUCUUAAAAUGACCCGGUCAGAAAUGGAUCUGGAGUUCUGAAGAUUUUUUAACUAGUAACUUAAGUAUAGGCUAGUUGUUUAAAUAACCCUUGGUGUCUUAAAGGUCUUUACUGAGUAAAUGUUGUUUUCAUUCUCAGCGAUUUCAAUUUUGAAUGGAGUCAGAGUUUAUGGAAAAGAAAUUAGGGUCACAGCAUCUAAACACUACUCAGUCUCUAUGCCCAAGGAAGGAGAUGUAAGUUGUCAUGAUUCAUUAGUAGAGUGAUUUUAGUGUCCUUUUUGAACGGUUGUUUUUGCUCCAGUUUUAUAGGGGUAGUCUCAACAGAGAAACUUUCAUUUCCUUUUAUUUUCAGGAAAACAAUCUGACCAAAGAUUUUACAAACUCACCUCUACACCGCUUCAAAAAGCCAGGAUCCAAAAAUUUUCAGAAUAUUUUCCCACCAAUCAGAACACUACAUGUCUCAAAUAUCCCGUAAGUGUUGGCUUUCAUUUACCAAUAAGAAUAAUUAUUAUGAAUGAAACAUAUAAAUUAAUAAAUAAAAUAAACGAUUGAGAUGUAGCACAUCCACAAAGUGGUUCUUCAUCUACCUUAUUCAUGGUCAUGUUGGUUUUUUGAGGAGUGGGGAAAACUGGAGUACCCAGAGUAAAACCUCUCCGAGCAAAGGAGAGAACCAACAUCAAACUCAACCCACAUAUGGCGUUGACGUGAUUUUAUCACUAGUUCAAGUUUAAUUGGAGACUUUUCUCUGUUCAGCCCCUCUGAAGACUUAUUAAUUUUGUUUUCAAUUUUUAUAGACUGGGUGCUUACAAUAAGGCGGGGUCAUGGAAAGGGGGGCCUCAUUUUUGUGCCAUAGAGUGGAGGCUUAUUAUGAUGGGCACUUAUCAGGGGCUGGGUCCAAUAAUAUGGUAACCAACAUGUCAUAUUUCUAAAAUGUUUCAUUUGCUGUGGAAAAUACAGUGACUCAGCAACAGAGGAAGAAUUGGUGGAUGCUUUUAGUGAAGCAGGGACAGUGACAGACUUCCGCUUUUUCCUGUGAGUAUUUGUAGAACUAUUAUUGCAGACAUGCAUCCUAGAUAGCACAUACAUGUAUGACAGUCUUCAGAAAUCUUAAGAACCAAACGGUAGUCAAAGCUGUUCAUGUAGCAUGUUACAUGUACGCUUCACACGGGCCCAAUAAGUGCAGUUUCUCAGUUUUAAAAGCAAUUUUCUGUUGAUCAUAAAAAUCAGUUUUGGAAUUGCUUAUAUGGCUUGUUUUUCCUGUCUUGAUGAUUGGUGCAAUCGUUUGCUUCACUUUCUCAAACAAACUAAUUUUGACCAGCUAGCAUGCACGUGCUUGGCACCUGUCAAGUUUUCCUUGAAAACUGAUUGGCUGUUUCCACUGGUUUUAAAUGUUAUUUUAACUCGAGUAACAGUCACAUUAAAGAUGAAGCUGUUUUGAAUUAAGUUUCACCUUUUGGAAGUCACUCCACUGCCACUCCACUGUUUUCCAGUUAGUGCAUGUACUCUCAGGGGACUAUUUUUAUAUUUCAGCAUAAAAACAACGGGACGCUAAUCAUCUGCGGGACUAUAGAACUUAGCUUUUGAAGAAAUGCUAUGAUUGAAAAUAUUGAAAGAUUUAAACAAGAGGGAAAGUAAAAUAUAACAACUUGGGAAAUUCCUUUGUACUUAAUUGCCCCAUUAUUUGGCACUGUUUACAGGAAGGACCAUAGGAUGGCUUUCGUAAAUAUGACGUCAACAGAAGAAGCUAUUGAUGCUCUCAUUGUAAGUUAUUAAUCAUUGUAACUAUAAUAAUUCAAUUGAUAAUAGGCAUAUCCUAGCCUUGAUCAUGCAAGAACUAACUUGGGUCUUUGCUACUCCCAACAGAAAAUGCACAACUAUAAAAUUACAGAGUCAAAUCACCUGAGAGUAUCAUUCGCCAAGCAAGUGAUGGCAUCCUGAACUGCAUCGUUUGGAGAAGCUUACACAUCACUUGACCGUUCACGUCAUUCUUCCACAGUUGUAUGAACCAUUUCUUGCAAUCAGAUGGGCUUUGUAUAAAGACAACCAGAGUUCUUCAUGUUUUGCCCUUUUGAUGGUGGCGGGUAUGCAUUUUGGAAGCUACCAGGAACAUUUUGGUUCUCUCUUUUCUGUCAGGGUUAUGGCAUUUAUAUCCUGCUGUCUAGCCUUGUUUGUUGCUGAAGGAUUUCUCCUCAAUACUUCAAUACACUUCUCUCUACUCAGCAUUAUUUUUUUUGGCGAAAGUACUAUAUCCAGGGAUCUAGAGAAGGGAAUAGCAAAUGUUAUGUGCUACCUCAAAAUCAUUAUUCUGAGUACUCUUUGAUUAUUUUUAAACUGUGUACUUAAAUAUACAUUUCGCACGUGCAUCUUUUCUUUGCGACGUUUUUCGGGUAAUGCGCCAACAGUUAACGUGCAAUUUUUUUUCUUAUUUUUGGUGUUUCUUUGCUAUGACCAUAUUAUAGUCCUUAAAAUUUUCGUUUCCUUGAAUUUAAUGUAAUUUAACAAUUUGAUGGGUAAAGUUAAGAAAGAUUUUAAAAAUAGUAUAUUACGUUGUUAUGUUUCCAGUUUAGCAGGGCCAAGUUUUUCAAAAGCUUAUAAGGAUCAAUCUAGGUUAGGAGUGAUUUUACUUGAACCAUGAAACAGAUACUAACAAAUAGUACAAAACAGCAAGAGGGAAACAAAAGAAGACAAUGGAAUUGGUGCAUAAAAGUGCGUAGUAUUCCACUACCUGUUUCACGGGUUAAGUAAAAUUACUCUAGUUUCUUAUAACAACUAAUAAGUCACUUUUACAGCCAACCCAAGAUUAGAGCUUUCAGCGCUUCGAACAGUUUGAACCAGAGCUGCUUUAAAAUGUCCUAGAAUGCCAGUAAUUAUAAUGGGCUUGGGAUAUUGGGAUCAAGAAUAUGUGAUAGGGAAUUUAAAUACGCGGAAGGAAUUUGAUUUGAAGAGAAGAUGUUGAAACACUGAGCUAACACUGGCAUAUUUUCAAUUCAGCUUUCUUGAAAGGGGCUUUAAUUUAAGCUUAAUUUAGCUUUCUCAACUUCUUUGCGAGAAGCAUCAGUUGACUUUUGUGUAAUUAAAGAAAUAUGCAAUGCAAGGGGUAAAAACAGACUUGGAACUUUCUCAUAAAACUUAUGUCAAUGUAGUAAAACUCAGACGUAGAUUCUCUAAGUCUGCUACUCGGCCAAAGUGUUUCUUGUUUUUGUCUUUACUUUGAACUCUUUCACACCCAGUAGAAAAGGUAAAGACUUGCAACAAAGAUAAACUUUGCAGAAUAAUGAGGAUGAAAUCCUAAAGUUUGACCAUUCAAACAAACGCUACUGAGCAAAUACUUUCUUAUGGUAGUUUUUCUAUCAUGAUGUUCAAAGUGGUUUUAACUUUCGAGCUGUGGGCGAGUUCCUUUAAGUGUGACCACAUAAGUGAAAGCUACUGGGCAGUACUUUAUAAGGGGGUUGACCAUUUCUGUUGGGUGUGAAAGCGUUACGCUCUUGUCUUUCCAUUUUUCAAGUCAGUAUAUAAACUUUAAUUACUAUCCUACGCUGCCGUUAUUUGGGAUAUUAUGCAACACUGUCCGGCCCAAAUAACGUCUGCGUGGGGGACUAGUAUGUUGGUGAAUCCCUUCCAGUUGACCCUUCAACUCCCAUGAUUUGAUGAUUAAUUCUCAUUUCUCAUUACUAAAUAUCAUAUUGAAUGUUGAAUAAGAGAAUUUUGGAUCGUAUCAUUGGAGACCUUUAGAUUCGAGGACGAGAUUUGAUUCAAAGUUUUUCGCUUAUUAUUAAAAAGUGGACACCCCGGAAAACUCCGGUGUACUUUUUUCACCAGAAAAGGUUGCACUGUUUAUAUCUUUAUUGAUAGGAGGUUAAGCCCUCUUCUGAAACUUCUAACACUUGAUAACUUGUUUCCGCUACGACAUUCUCGCUAAAACGCUUAGGACAAUGACGACGGAUGUCACGUUUUCCCGCCAAAAUGUCGUUGGUUUACACACGAGCACUACUAAGCUCUCUAUUACAACAUCCAUUGGGUGAUAAAUUUGCCUAUUCUCAUCACUUGUGUGUUGGACAGUGUAUUGGAUAUUGUAAGGAGAAGUUAAUGCCAAUCACUCCUGGGAGUUGAAGAGUGAAGAGUUGCUUUUAUUUGAUAUGCACUGUGUUGCUAUGAGUGCGCCUCGUUAAGAAAUUAGGACUACAUUUUAUCAAGUAUUGUAAUUGUAGGUACGCUUGAACUUGUUUUUAGCGUUAAUUGAUGGUAUUUGAGGGAGGGCCUUGUAAAAACAUCAUUGGCGUCAAUUGCAUUUGUAGUAACUUUUCAUAUGAAAAGGAUUUUUUAGAAAAAUAAACAUUAAUUUCC